CGUCGUGCGGGUGACCACCGUGUGCCAAGUCGUGCACGCCGCCGCAGGAGCGCGGCGUAGCAUGCGGCCGCAGCUCCUGAAGGCGGCCUUGCUCGCGCCAGCGACGCGGCCAACGCUCGGGUUGCUGCGGGCCCCUGGCUUGAAGAUGUGGUAUUUGCCGUUCCAGUCGUUCAUCCUCGCUUCCUCUGGGCGGCAGGUGGAGCUUCUGGCGAAGAAG